AUGCCUGAAACAGACAACGCUGGGCCAGGCUGAAGUGAGAAGCCUGGAACUCUAUCUAGGUUCCUCCUGUGAGUGGCAGGAUCAUCUGUUGCUUUUAAGGUUCAUCAGCAGGAAGCUAUGUUGAGAGCAUGGAGUAGCCUAGACUUAGACCAGGCACUCUGAUUUGGAAUUUUUACUUCCUAAGUGAUGGCUGAACAAGUGUGCCGCGGUGCCCACCCCUUAAGGCACUGUUAAGGCAAUGAAGAUUCUGUGGCUUGCAGAGUAAUGCAGUGAUUUGUAAUCCUUGUGAUGGUUCUUUUCUCUGCCAACCAGUACCUUUCCAGUUACUCAUCUGUUAAUUUGCCUUUGAAGACAACUCUUAGAUUUGUCUAUGUCUUUGUGUUUACUGUUGCUUCAGCUCAAGCUGUUUUCUUCUCUCUAAACUCAGGUCACCACAUUAUUCUCUUUCACCCAUUUUACACAUAAAUACCUUUUUAAAGAGUGAACAUUUGGAAACUCAUUCAAAUCACCUCCUGCACUGAAAACUCUGUUUGUUUCUCCUAGUUAAUAUAGUACAAAAGCUAAUGCUGUUGACCUUGAAUACUCAGAUCAUCAUUUGCCUGUCUGUCUUCCUCGGUGGUCCAGUCUCUGGCUUUGCCGAGCUCCUGUUCUUCAGACCCUUUCUUUAGCCUGCCUCUGAGGCCCCUUCCUAUCACAUGGUCUCGAAGCUCACUUUGUCCUUGUUCCUCAUUCUUGGCUUGGGUCACUCUGAUUUUUUUUUCGGGGCUCAAUUAAAGAUCAGUUUCUUAGAGAGGCAUGUCCUGCCUCCCUGCUGAGUUUUUCUGCCUUUUCCAUUCUUUCUCUUGGUGCUCUGGGUUUUCCUUUGAAGCUUUUAUUCCAGUUUGUGUUUUGGUAAGUGUGUAUUGGUUUAAUUGUCUACCCUCACUGGACAAUAGAUACCACAAGAAUAGAAUUAUACUUAUUUUCUUUUCAAAUCUGUGUUCUCUACUGAGCAUUUGCUCAAUGCAUAGUAGGCUCUCAGUGGCUAUUUCAGUGAAUAAAUUUGAAUUUACCUUGCAAGAUGGGACCAUAGCAGAAUAACACAUAUGUUUAUACUCUUAUUUUCCUCAUAUUGAAUCUUUUUGCCUGGUGUCUGCAUUUAAUGCUAGAAGUAAGUAGGGAUGAUUUGCUCCUACUUCCCACAGAAUGGAAUAUUUAUUAGUAUCAAACUGUACACCAGAACUGGCAACUGGCCAGGUACAUGUGCUGAUACCUAAAUGACUUCUUUCUCUUACAGAGAGAAAAAUAAUGUAAAGUUGUUAUGCAGCUUUUCAAUCUAUUCCAAACUAGGAAAGAAACUCAAGACUUUUAAGAAUCCUUACCUACUUAUUGCUUUAGAGUUUAUUCAUGCUGAUAUCUGGACUUAUUGCUUAGAAGGUUUUUGACCAAUAGGAUUUCAGCAUGCAGUGCACUAAAACAAAUGUUUGGAUUGGCUUAACCACCUCUGAUGUCAUAAUUUCCUCAUUAGGAAGUCAUAAUUUCUUGAAAUCACAUUGUACAUAUAACAACGCUUGUUAUUUUGUUUCAUUAUAAGAAAGAUAAUCUACCAAAAAUAAAAAUGCUGGAAGGAGGAAGAUUUCUUUGAUCCACACAAACCUUUUCCAUUUACAGGCUUUGGUAAUCUAUUACCAGCAGUUGAAGCUAUCUUCUCUACUUUCUUUUACAACUGACGUUGUUUUAUUUUUCAUGUUUGUCAGUUAAUAGGCAAAUGGAGGAAUGGACCUGCUUAGAAUUACUCCUUCAACUCAUAGUUCUGUUUCAUCUCGACUGUUAAAGCUUAGCAUCCUUCUACUUCUUAGCCUUCCUGACUCGAAAGGAAAAGCAAUAUGGACAGCUCACCUGAACAUAACGUUUCAGGUGGGAAAUCGGAUUGUAUCAGAACUAGGAGAGAGUGGAGUGUUUGGGAAUCAUUCUCCUCUGGAAAGGGUAUCUGGUGCGGUGGUACUUCCUGAAGGUUGGAAUCAGAAUGCCUGUAAUCCUUUGACCAAUUUCAGCAGACCUGAACAGGCAGACUCUUGGCUGGCCCUCAUUGAACGAGGAGGCUGUACUUUCACACACAAAAUCAAUGUGGCAGCAGAGAAGGGAGCAAAUGGGGUGAUCAUCUAUAACUAUCCAGGUACAGGCAACAAAGUAUUUCCCAUGUCUCACCAGGGAACAGAAAAUAUAGUCGCAGUGAUGAUAGGCAACCUAAAAGGCAUGGAACUUUUGCACUUGAUCCAGAAAGGAGUUUAUGUGACAAUCAUCAUUGAAGUGGGAAGAAUGCAUAUGCCAUGGCUGAGCCAUUAUGUCAUGUCUCUGUUUACCUUCCUGGCUGCCACAAUUGCCUACCUUUUACUGUACUGUGCCUGGAGACCUCGAAUGCCCAAUUCUUCCACCUGGAGGCGAAGACAAGUGAAGGCAGACGUGAAGAAAGCUAUUGGUCAGCUUCAAGUUCGAGUGCUCAAAGAAGGUGAUAAGGAACUAGAUCCAAAUGAAGACAGUUGUGUUGUUUGCUUUGACAUAUACAAGCCCCAAGAUGUAGUACGUAUUUUAACUUGCAAACAUUUUUUCCAUAAGACAUGCAUUGACCCCUGGCUUUUAGUACAUAGGACUUGUCCCAUGUGCAAGUGCGAUAUUUUGAAAACUUAAGAAACCUGGAGAAUUUUCUGAAGAUGUAACCAGAUCUUUCUAAAGAUCGAGAUUAGAUGAAUGCUGUAUUGCACUUCAUUUAUAGAGAAAAUUUCAACUUUAGCUUCUCUGCCUAACUACCAAAGGGGGUGAAGUUUCUGUGUUUAAAAAAUAAAACUCCAUGUCAUUGCCCA